GACUGGGAGACGCGCCCACUUCCGGGCGGGCGUGGCGUGGUCGGCGUGCGUAGCCCGCUCGCCGGUCCAUUCCGCUUUCGUUCGUCCCUCAGUCUGUCUCUGCGGAGCGUAGACCCCACAGACCCGCCACACGCUCAGCCAGGCCGGAUCGGAGCGGCCCCCAUCAUGGGCUGGGGAGCCGGCGGGAGCUGCACCCCGCGCCCACCCAUCCGCCAGCAGCCGGCACCCGAAACCCGAGUGGUCGCUGUGGUCUUCCUCGGCCUCCUGUUGGACCUCCUGGCCUUCACCUUGCUGCUGCCCCUGCUACCUGCGCUGCUGGAGCGCCACGGCCGUGUGCAGGAUCCUCUCUAUGGCUCGUGGCAGCGCGGGGUGGACUGGUUUGCUGCAGCCAUUGGGAUGCCAGCCGAGAAGAGGUACAACACCGUCCUGUUCGGAGGUCUGAUUGGCUCCGUCUUCUCCCUCCUGCAGUUCCUCUUGGCGCCCCUCACGGGGGCCGUCUCUGACUGCCUGGGGAGGCGCCCGGUGCUGCUGCUGUCCCUGGCAGGCUUGGCCACCUCGUAUGCCGUGUGGGCCGCUUCGAAGAGCUUUGCGGCCUUUCUGGUCUCCAGGAUAAUUGGGGGCAUCAGCAAGGGGAAUGUCAGCCUCUCCACCGCCGUUGUCGCCGACCUGGGCUCGUCUCCCGCCCGCAGCAGGGGCAUGGCAGUCAUCGGGGUGGCCUUCUCUUUGGCCUUCACGCUGGGCCCCAUGCUCGGCGCCUCCCUGCCCGUGGAGACGGCGCCCUGGUUGGCCCUGCUCUUCGCGGUCUCCGAUCUGCUGUUCAUCUUCUGCUUCCUGCCGGAGACGCUGCCCCCAGAGAAGCGGGCACCGUCCAUCACGCUGGGGUUCCGAGCUGCUGUUGACCUGCUCAGCCCCCUGGCCCUGCUCUGCUUCUCAGCCGUGGCACGUGGCCCGGACCCGCCCACCGGAGUCAGGCUGGGCAGCCUGCGCCUGCUGGGCCUGGUCUACUUCCUCUAUCUUUUCCUGUUCUCGGGCCUGGAGUUCACGCUGAGCUUCCUCGUGCACCAGCGCUUCCAGUUCAGCAGCCUAGAGCAGGGAAAGAUGUUCUUCUUCAUCGGCCUCACCAUGGCCACCAUCCAGGGCGCCUACGCCCGGCGGAUCAGCCUUGGCGGGGAGAUCGCAGCUGUGAAGCGGGCCAUCCUGCUGCUCAUCCCCGCCUUCCUCCUCAUCGGCUGGGGGCACACGCUGCCCGUGCUGGGCCUGGGCCUGCUGCUCUACUCCUUCGCCGCUGCCAUCGUGGUGCCCUGCCUGUCCUCCGUGGUCGCCGGCUACGGCUCUCCCGGGCAGAAGGGUGUGGUCAUGGGCACGCUGCGGAGCCUGGGCGCCCUGGCCAGGGCUCUGGGGCCCACGGUGGCCGCCUCAGCGUACUGGCUGGCCGGGGCCCGGGUCUGCUACACCGUGUGCGCGGGGCUCUUCCUGCUCCCCUUCUCCCUCCUGCGGAAGCUGAGGCCUCCGGCAGGGACGCUCAAGGCCGAGUAGCUGAGCCACCCCUACCCCAGAGCCGGGCAGCUGACGCAGGGAGUGGGAGGCCUGAGCCAGGACGGCUCCCCGCUGCCUGCCUGACCCCUCGCUCCCCGCCCCCCAGCCCGGGGCUCAACCCGGGGAGGCCCAGGACUCGCACUUGUGCCUGUGACACUCCUGUGUGGACCUGCCUGCCGGGAUCAGACUGCAAAACCUUCCAGGCUUUCUGUUCUCUUGUCUUUUAUACUCAGCGACACACAGGGUAUAUCAGCCAAGUCUCUGAAUGACCAAAUAAAGCAGCUGUUUUGUAUCAAG